UAUACUAAAAGUCGUCUUGCUGCAGCCAGGAUUCUGAGAGAGAGAGAAAAGUGAUCUGAUUAUCACAACUCAAGUCAUUAACUAACAAAGUCUUUGAAAAAACAGAUCUACUGUUCAAUAAACCACAUAAAAUUUUCUAGUUUUCUGCUCAGUCGAAUUUGUUCUAAUUUUUUAGAUUCCCACGAUUUGCUCUAUUAAGCCUGAUUUUUCAUCUGUUUGAUUGUGGGUGGGUAACAGCAUAGAUGUGUUUAUAUACAUAUCUAUGGGUAACAGUAACAGAAGCUGCAGAGGGGUGUGUUAAACUACGUCCUGGUCUGGAUCCUGGACUAAUAAAAUUGGCCAUGUUCCUAGACAGAAGAGCUGCUCCAUCCAAAGAGGGGUGGAUGCCGUCUCUUCCAUUAAAGUGUUUAUUUCUUCACAUCCUGAACAUCUCUGAUCGAGUGGGAGAGGUGUUGUGUUAAACAGCAGGUAGAGAAUGCACCGUGUGAGCUUCAUGCAGCCAAAGAGUUCACAAGAAACAAGAUAGCUCUAGUACAAGAUAGUCCUCUUCUAGACAAAUUAAAAGCAUUUUUACAAUUCUUAAGUAUUUAUACUAUGUUUUGUAAGAACUUUUCUAACAUUAUAUCUGACACAAUAACGUAAAAGUAUGAAAUUUGUAAAAAUUGGAUUUUCGUUCAAAUUUAAAACCUUUACUUUUUGCUAUUUAUCAUAUUUUGCUAGCUAGCAUUAGCAGCUAACAAAGAUGCGUCGCCCUGCUUUUCUCAAACUAACAAAUAUUGUGGCUAGUACACAUGAGAACACAUGUAGAAAUUUGGGAAAAUGCCCUUUGUACUGAAAAACGCUGUAAAAACGUUUAAAAUAAGGUGCAGUUGGCUAAAAUUCACAUCAACCUGUCGACAUAAUGCUACAACUAUCUUGUCCGAAACAACCUUCAGCUGGCAAGGGGAAAUCCAACACGGGCGUGCUUUGCUCACUCGUACGUCUUCCAGGAAGUUCAAACCUGAUGUGUAACUUUAUUCAUGUUUUUCUUCGUUUAUUGAUCGAGGCUUGACUGCAGUGAAGUGUAGCUCCGGUGUGUACAGCUCUGUAGCUGGCUGCCAUGGCGGACUCCCUGGACAGGUCCACGAAGAUCAGCUCACUGAAAGAGUCGGUGGUGAAGAAACUUUGUGAGGUUUUGGAUAAAUCAAACAAUAACGGAUGGCGAAAGUUAGGAGAGAUUGUUGGCAGUGACAAAAGAUUUAAAGUAAGCUCGGACGACAUGGAGAUGUGUUCUCUCAGGGUUCUGGAGGUGGAAGGAAGCCCAAGCCUGAUGCUGCUGAGGCUGAUGGGAGAGCGAGGAUGCACCACGGGUCACCUGAUGGACUACCUCCAAACUCUGAGCAACUCAGAGGCUCUGCAGUGCCUGAAGCCACCAGUACUGCAGAUCCUCGUUCAGCCUCAGUCUGUUGCUCUCAUAUGUGGCCAUAAUCUGCGCCUGAGCUGCUACGCCGUGGGAAGAUCUCCACUUCAGUACCGGUGGUUUAAAUCAAGAGAAGAGGUCCCACAUGGCGCUACUCCAGAACUGUUGAUAAGUCCCGUCCGGCUGGAGGACGCUGGCUUUUACAUUUGCAGGAUCAACAGUGGAGAUGUUUGUGAAUUCAGCCAGUGGGCUCAAGUGGACGUCCUGAACGGGAGCACGCCUUGUGCAUCAGGGCAGAGUUAUCACUCCGUAGACGGACGGAUGAAGCUGGUGAUCCAGCCUCAGUCGCAGCACCUGCACGCCGGGGAAGCCCUGCUGCUGGAAUGUGGAGCCGUGGGGCGGCCGAUCCCUCGCUACCAGUGGUACCGAAACGGCGUCCUGAUUCCAAACGCCACGAAGAGAAAACUCACGGUUGCUGAUGCGAUGCAGGAUCAUCACGGCAGGUACCGCUGUGAGAUCAGCAGCAGCUCUGAAAGAAUGUGGACCAAUGAGGUUGAUGUUGCAGUAGCACCAAGGAUCUCUGUCCAGAUUACAGGAGCAAUGGAAUGCUCUGAAGAUGACAUUUAUGCUUUUGGAGGAGCUCCCAGUGGACUUUUCCUAAACAGUGCGCCAGAACAACUUUGUGCGACCAACAAAGUGGCCCUCUUGAUUGGUAAUCUUUCGUACCAGAACCACCCGCAGCUCAAAGCCCCCAUGGUGGAUGUGUACGACCUCAGCAACCUGCUGCAGCAGCUGAACUUUAAAGUUGUUUCACUGCUGGACCUGACCGAGUCGGAGAUGAGAAACGCCGUGGACGAGUUCCUGCUGCUGCUACACAAGGGUGUCUACGGCCUGCUGUACUACGCCGGUCACGGAUAUGAGAACUACGGGAACAGCUUCAUGGUACCGGUUGAUGCGCCGAACCCGUACCGCUCAGCCAACUGUCUGUGUGUGCAGAGCAUCCUCAAACUGAUGCAGGAGAAAGAAACGGGCCUCAAUGUUUUUCUGCUAGAUAUGUGCAGAAAGAGGAACUUUCACGACGACAGCGCUCCAAACAAUGUCCUGAGAGUCACAGCCAACAUCGUCUUUGGAUAUGCAACGUGCCAGGAUGCUGAGGCCUUUGAGCUGAGCUCCACGGGUUUCACCAACGGUGUGUUUGUCAAGUUUUUAAAGAAGCGGCUGAUGGAGGAUGAGAAGAUCACUGUGCUGCUGGACAGAGUUGCUGAAGAUAUGGGCCAGUUUGAUGCCACCAAGGGUAAACAGGCUCUGGAGAUCCGCAGCAGUCUGGCAGAGCGGAGAGCGCUGACCGAUCCUAUUCUGCCCGGCGACAGCGCCGAUCUCGCUCACAGCCGGCUGUGGGCCAAAGCUCACGAACUUCCUGAGACGAUGAGUCUUCAUUUUGACUGCGGGGCUCAGAUCAAGCUGGGCUUCGCUGCGGAGUUCUCCAACGUUCUCGUCAUUUACACUCACAUCAUUAAGAAGCCAGAGGACAUGUCUUUCUGCCAGGCUCAUGUCACGGACUUCUCACUGGAUCUAGAUGUGGAUCCUAAAGAGAUGAACAGAGAGACUCCAGAGGAGACGGGGAUCUACCUGCUGUCCAGCAGUCUGCCACAGCACUGUCUGUACACCAGACUCAGCUCGCUGCAGAAGCUCCGGGAGGAGCUGGUUUUCACCGUGUGCCUUCAGGGCACUUUUGCAGCCAUGGAUGACGAUCAUCCCGUAUACUGGUCCAGAAGUGUCAACAUAGGAAAGCCACUGAUCGCUAGACUGGACCUCCACCGGGCCAUGCGUCGGAACAGCUGCCUGCAGACCUGCCCGAUGCCCCACAGCCCUUCCCAAAGCCCAUGUCACAGCCCGGGGCCUGAACACCACCAGCAUCUCCUUUACCACGGGUCACACCAGGGCCAGGCCUUGAACCGCCUCUCCCCACAGCACCACUUGGACAUCUAUGAGCAUCCUCAGGGUGCUGUGGGGGGCUGUGCGUUUUCCCGCUAUGACCACUUUAGCCAAUAUGGCUACGAUGGAGCGUGUGAGCCCGAACUGAAACUCAGCAUCCCAAUAGAAGCGACUGAGGACAUCACUGAGCUGCAGACUGUGUUCAUCAAAAGCCUGCAGCUUCAGCCCCAGUGAAACAUGAGCUUUAAACCUCUUAAAUAUUUGUAAAAAUGCUGCUGCUCUUCACGUCACAGGAUGGAAAAACAUGUUGUACUCUCGAUUUAUUAAGCAUUAUUUGUCUUAAGCUGUUUGUUGAAGGUUUUUUUAUUAAUAUAUUUUUGGAGAGAUUAAUUUUAGUAAAAUAAAACUGCUGUUGUAAUUUUU